AUGGAUGUCAAACACUCCAAGCUAGAAAGCCUCCUACGGCUUCCUGGAGCCGAUCCCCCGGGCACUAUAGUCGCCGACGCUGCUGUACUCACAUGUGGAUGUCUUGUUUCAGAGAUGCAGUUUCUUUCCAGUGGAACCAAACAGUGCCCAGUGUGUGGAACUGAAGGUGAAAUACUCAAGGCCAUUGCGCCAUUGCGGGAACUCUAUAAGCUUUUGGACCCGAAGCUGAGGAGGACGUCGUCGCUGAGACACAGUUUACGGAAACCGUCUGUGGAACUGACCCACGGAGGGCAGGCCGAGUUGGACUUGCUGGGGCUCUUCUGUAAGCUAGCGAGGGAAGAGAACGAGGAGAAGACCAGGGAGAAGGAGGCUUCGAGUUCGCCUGAGGUGACGAAAACGCCUAGUCUUGGCCAGAUGGGUCCACCUGUGGCCCAGGCAGUGGAGGAACAGGAGUUGGAGAAGAAUAUGCUUCUUGGGUUGAACGAACAGGAGGAGUAUAACUUCAGUCGGUGCUUUCCAUUCCACCGCAAGCUUACCACGUUCCAGGCGUCUACUAAUAGGUUUCGGAAAUUGUCGCUUCGCCUGUCGAUCAAGCUGUCUCGGUAUAAUGGUUCUUCGUUGCAUACUUGGUACGAUAAAGCCACUGGAGAGGAGCAUACGUCGUUUGUGUUGAUCACAGAUAAACGCUGGGAGUUGUAUACGUAUACGCCUAGCCAGGGAAAACCGGCGCUUUUGGCUUGCGGUAAGUCAACAGGCGAAUACUCGUAUCGGUCUGCUGAGUUCAGGUUACCUUCAGAACGUGAAAUCACCGUGAAGAACGAUUUCGGUGGGAAAUCUGCUACGAACGACCUUAAUGAAAGCGUGAGCUCAAAACUAAAGCUGUGGGUACAUCUUUCAUGCUGCUUGUCUGGACGGUUCCUUAUUCUUUCAGGAACUAGAGGUGUUGUGCGUGUUUUGAACGCAGAUCCAGCGUUUGGCGAUGUUGGUGCUCCAGUGUACACGUACUUGACGAACUUUCCAAUCCGGUGUGUCUCUGUAGCGCCCAAGGAAAACCUUGUGGCGUGUGGAAUCACUGCUCGUGAGCGUAUGUCGGGAAAACAACAACCAUUUAUUAUCCUACACCAACUAGAAAUGGAUCCUUCGCUGCAAAAGGUAAAAAGUGUCCAUCCAAUCACCAUCACCAUUCCUUACAGAGACCCACUUAAAGUUAUCUCCUUCAACGCAUCCUCAACACAUCUAAUAUGUUCUACAGUCUACGAAAUGCGGUAUUUCAUCAUCCGUCUCAGGCCUACGCCUACAAGCAUUUGCAAGAAACCCAUGCUUAUCUGGUCAGAUAUGCGAGUCGCUUCCCGGCAAAAACUAGACGAAAUGCCGGGAGACAGAAGCUACGACACCAAUCUCGACGACCAGGUCAUGGACAGUGAGGGAAUCACAGAUAUAAAAUUCGGUCUUCCAGGAACCAACACAAUUGGCAUAACUACAUCCUCAUGGAACAACCGGCCUUCCCUCCUUGUCAAGCUUGAAGGACCUUCUAUGGAUUCUUUAGGUGGAAGUACCCUGAAUAUUUCUACCGACCUCUUAAACGAAGACGAAGAGGAAGUCCAGGACGACAGAGGCAUGCAAAUCACCGAUUACGACAUCAUAUUGAAAGUCCCCGAAAUCGGAUCUUCCAUCUACCGUGUUCAAUUCUCCCCUCGUGGCGACAGCAUUUUGUUUGUGGACAAAUCAGGACGUAUCUUCCUUGUGUCUACUCCGAAUGCACGAACAAGCACAAGAUCUCAGACCAAAAAAAUCAUUGUCUUACUUGGAGAAGCAGCCAACGCCGUACGGCCCAACGAAGCAGCAUCUGCGCUGUAUUCGUCAGAUGGAGGCAAAAUUUACGUGGUUGACCGAAGAGGUCUUUUCCAGGUUUUUGAUUUCACCAAGGGCAUUCCUGGAGAAGACCCGGAGGUUAUUAAGUGCAAGAUCGUGAGCGUUUAA